CGCCUCGGGACGUCUGUGCCGGGACAUGGCCGCUACCGGUACCAGGAUCCUGAGCUGAGCGCCGGCUGCCGGAGCCAACCACUGCCGUCAAUCGCCUGCGCGGGCCGGGCCCGGGCGCCGGGACGGCGAGGAGCUGCCGAGGAAGCGGAGGCAGCCGUAGAACGCCGCCGCGGCGGACGCAUGGCGUCCAUCUUGCUCAGGAGCUGCCGCGGCCGGGGCCCUGCCCGCCUCGCGGCGCCCCGCGCCGCCUCCCCGCGGGGUAAUCUGAGGGAUCGAGCUUGUCUCAGUUGUACCAGGACCGUGAGGUUGAUAAGCCAUGAGAAAGUUCUAUCUCGUUGUUGUACUCCAGCCAACCCUGUGUACCUCUGCUUCAAAGGUGAGCCCCUCAGCUGUUGGACUCAGAGGCCCGAGUGCCAGGGCACCGUUGCAAGGGCAACAUGGACACCUGCCUCUGCAAGAUUGGUUGUCACAGGGCCUCAGUACCUCCCUGUGCGCAGCUGGCACUCAUCACCUCCCCUAGGAGAGGACUCUAUGAUAGAGAAGUCCCUAAAGUCCUUAAAGGACAAAAAUAAGAAGCUGGAAGAGGGUGGCCCCGUGUACAGCCCGCCAGCUCAGGUGGUAGUGAAGAAGUCCCUGGGGCAGAAGAUACUGGAUGAGCUGAAGCACUACUACCAUGGCUUCCGCCUGCUCUGGAUCGACACCAAGAUAGCUGCCCGCAUGCUGUGGCGCAUCCUCAAUGGCCAUACGCUGACCCGCCGGGAGCGCAGGCAGUUUCUCCGGAUUUGUGCAGACCUCUUCCGCCUAGUGCCCUUCCUGGUGUUCGUGGUGGUACCCUUCAUGGAAUUCCUGCUGCCUGUAGUUGUGAAGCUCUUUCCCAACAUGCUGCCAUCCACAUUUGAAACCCAGUCCAUCAAGGAGGAAAGGCUGAAGAAAGAGCUUCGGGUAAAGCUGGAGCUAGCCAAGUUUCUCCAGGACACCAUAGAGGAAAUGGCCCUGAAGAACAAGGCCGCCAAGGGAAAUGCCACCAAAGAUUUCUCUGCAUUUUUCCAGAAGAUCCGGGAGACAGGGGAGAGACCCAGCAAUGAGGAGAUCAUGCGUUUUUCCAAAUUAUUUGAGGAUGAGCUGACUCUGGAUAACCUCACGAGGCCUCAGCUGGUAGCACUGUGCAAGCUGCUAGAACUUCAGUCCAUCGGCACCAACAACUUCCUGCGUUUCCAGCUCACCAUGCGGCUGCGGUCCAUAAAGGCUGAUGACAAACUGAUUUCUGAGGAAGGAGUGAACAGUCUGAAUGUCAAGGAAUUGCAGGCAGCAUGUCGAGCACGAGGCAUGCGAGCACUUGGUGUCACAGAAGACCGUCUGAAGGACCAACUGAAUCAGUGGCUCGACUUGCAUCUCCAUCACGAGAUCCCCACAUCAUUGCUCAUACUGUCCCGGGCCAUGUACCUCCCAGACACCCUCUCACCUGCUGACCAGCUCAAGUCCACCUUGCAGACCCUUCCAGAAAUCGUGGCAAAGGAGGCGCAGGUGAAAGUGGCAGAGGUGGAGGGCGAACAGGUAGACAACAAGGCGAAGCUGGAGGCCACCCUGCAGGAAGAGGCUGCCAUCCAGCAAGAACACCUGGAAGAGCUGCAGAGAGCUGCCACGGCUGUGAAGCACGUCCAGCCAGAAGUAGUGGAAGCCACCGUUCCUGGGAGGCCGGGGGCUGAGCUUCAGCCAGAGGUGCCUGAUGUGAUCCUGUCCUCAGAGGAACUGAAGGAUACGGCACCUGUGCUGGAGGGUUUGAAGGGUGAAGAGAUAACCAAGGAGGAAAUUGACAUCCUCAGUGAUGCCUGCUCUAAGCUACAGGAACAGAAGAAGUCCCUGACCAAGGAGAAGGAGGAGCUGGAGCUGCUGAAAGAGGAUGUCCAGGACUACAGUGAGGACUUACAAGAGAUCAAAAAGGAACUUUCAAAGACGGGUGAUGAGAAAAUCAUAGAAGAAUCCAAAGCUAGCAAGAGGCUGACAAAGCGAGUCCAGCAGAUGAUCGGGCAGAUCGAUGGCCUGAUUGCGCAGCUGGAGACCAGUGAACAGAAUGGCAAGCUGGGCCCCCAGGAGAGCUCUCCGACAGGGGAGAGUGUCGUCAGUGUCGGUGAGCUCAUCAGCGCCAUGAAGCAGAUCAAGCACAUUCCAGAACACAAGCUGAUCAGUUUGGCCUCAGCCCUGGAUGAAAACAAGGACGGCAAUAUCAACAUCGAUGACCUUGUUAAGGUAAUCGACUUGGUGGACAAAGAAGAUGUUCAGAUCUCUACCACCCAAGUAGCCGAAAUUGUGGCCACACUGGAGAAGGAGGAAAUGGUGGAAGAGAAGGAAAAGGCCAAGGAAAAGGCUGAGAAAGAGGCCGCAGAAGUGAAGAACUAGACCUGCCUGGCUUUGGGAUCCACAGGCUCUGCCUUCCUCAUGCUACACCAGCCACAGUGGGGAUGACACAAGAGUGAUUGCUUUGAGGUGAUUCUUAGUGGCCAAUCUAAUAUUUUGUCUGGAAUAAAUCAGAAACUUCCAUAAUCAAGCAAUUUUUAAUUUUCAUCAUUCCAUGAAGAUUCAGUCAGGCUGGAGCCUUAGAGCCCUCUGGGUGAUUGUGUUUGGACUCAUGCUAUGGUGCGGUACUACAUGGCCCUAACCCUUGGGUUAAAGGUACAGCCACCAGUAGGAUCAUAGCCUCAAACUAACCCUAGCUCCAAAGGUAGCUUGGGUCAGGCUGGGUAGGAAAGCAUUUCCCUGUUUAUGUCCUUACUUGCUCAGGGUCUGGCCAAGCCUCUGUCCCUUGAGAGGAGCAUGAGAACCAAGUGGACUCCCAGCAGCGGUGUGGAGCCAAAUGUAUGUGCCUGCAUUUCCUCAGAGGCCUUGGGAUAGGAGUUAGGCAGACACGGAUGCAGGCUCUGCGAUGAAGACCCUGGAGUCAGUCUGCGGACCUGGGAUGCCUAAAUGCCAGUGUACAUAGAUCUGUAUGCUCACACCUCCACAGCUGUGUCUUAACCACUGGUCCCUAACAGCAGUGUCUGCUUUGUAUGGAUUCUGAAGCCUGUUGACUGGAGCCUUCUCAGUUUACCAUUGGUCUCCACCUAAUUCUUUAACUGACUAGUAAAUUUUCACACAUGA